AUGACAGCUCGGCAAGUAAACUCUGUAAAUGAGUCUAUUCCGUGUGAUGUGAUCGAUGUACAAGCUGUGGACGGUUCCAUUUUGGACCUCGAUGUAUCACACAUAAGUCUUGGGGAGAGGACACUGGACGAGGCAAGCGUGUCUGGCGUUAAAGUUGCGGAGACGAAGGGCACUCGACAAAAAAAACCAUACGCAUGUACCAUCUGCCCAUUUAUUUCUAUAUACCGUCGAAAUCUAGUCAGGCAUUCAAAAACCCAUGAUAAACAUACAUAUCAUUUGUGUGAUGUUUGCUCAAAACGAUACAGAAAUGAAUAUGAUUUGGAUGAACAUCUAGCAGCAGCUCAUGCAAACGAGCGGCAUUUGUGUGAUAAAUGCACCAGUUCAUUUGCAACAAAGCGCUCCCUGAAAAGACAUACAGAUGAUAAACAUUUAAGUAAUGACAAUAAGAAAUACCACUGUGCCGAUUGUAACAAAAUUUUCAAUAGAAAAGAUAAGUUUAUAACUCAUCAACAAAAACACAAAGAUUUUAAACCAUACACAUGUAAAUUAUGUGAUUCCAAGUUCCACUAUGACAACGCAAGACUUACUCAUGAACGGUCAUGCAAUGGUAAAAAGAGAUCAUUUGAUUGUGGUAUAUGUAAAACAGCCUUUAAGACAUCAGGAAAACUGAAAGAUCACAUGCGAGAUGUCCACGGCAAAAAAAGAUACGAAUGUAAUGUCUGCAAGAAAAAGUUUAAAGUUAUUCGUAAUCUUAAAAGACAUGAAAAAUUAACUCAUAAAACAUGACAUUCGUAACAGUUAUGUUUUAAACCUUAGCUAAACAUGACAACGAACUACGUCGAUUUAAAGGCGUCAUAUUGAUAACAUAUAUUUUAGUUUUGUGUCAUACAAAGGCCAUUAAUAUUCAGCUUUGCAAAGGUGCCAAGAUCAUAUACAUGUAAUAUUCACUUUGUUCUUAUUACAGAUGUCGUUCUUUUUUGUUUUACAUAGAAGAGUUUGUUAUUUAAUUUUGCUGUUCAUGAGUUACAUUGUAUUAAUUGUAUUAUAACUGAUACUAUAGAACGGAGUGUGUUUGCACACAUUGAAACAAAAAUGAUAUCCAUGCAAUAAAGAGUGUAACAAUUUCAAUAUGCUAGUUAGGCAAACGACUUAAAAUGAAACUGCUGUCGGAAUCUGUCGAAUGUUCACUUGUUUACGCCUCUUUUAUUAAACAAUAUGGAGGUUAAGAUAUACGUUUGCGAUCGAACCUGUACGUGAACGUGUAAAAUCAUUGUCGUCCAAGGAUUAGUUUAAUUAGUAGAAUCAGGCCCCUGUAUUAUAAACCAAUUGGGAUAUGUACAACGCUACCUGAACAACAAUAAAUGAUGGCCGAACUAUUACACGUCCGCGUUCAAGUUAUCUGAAAUACGCGCACCUUGACCUUUUGAUGUAUCCAUGGCAAUACUAUUUUCUUCAAAUGCGAGAACUUUCCAUGUUAGGAGACACGUGUUGAUUUCAUUCGUAUUUUACAUUAUUGGAUAUUAUACGUGUGUUUGUUUACAUUCAAUAAACAUUAAUGAAUUUAAAGUAUG